ACACAUACUCUCUCUUCUUCAACACUUGACACCUUCGCUUCUCUCCUCUCAAACAUAUUUAAGUGAAGAUGACGCAGCAGAAUGUGCUCCUGUCCAAGACUAGUAAAUCUGGGAAUGGGAUCGACAGGGCUAUAACCCUUCCCCAAAAGCCACCCUCCGCACCAGGAGGCUACAUUCCCAUUCCAAGGAGAAGGGUUUUGAAGAACCUUGAAAUCAAUGGAGACGGAGGACAAAGAAUCAGUGCAUGGCUUGACUCCAUGAGAGCCUCUUCUCCAACCCAUGUCAAAUCCACUCCUUCUUUCGCAGAAGAACACACCUCUUGGAUUCUUCGCCACCCUUCCGCAUUAGACAUGUUUGAACAGAUUACGGAUGCAUCCAAGGGAAAACAAAUCGUCAUGUUCCUCGACUACGAUGGUACCUUGUCGCCUAUUGUCGAUGACCCCGACCGUGCUUUUAUGUCGGAUUCGAUGAGAAAAACUGUGAGGAAACUUGCGCGGUAUUUUCCUACUGCUAUUGUUACCGGCAGAUGCAGAGACAAGGUGUACAAUUUUGUUCGCUUGGCUGAGCUGUAUUAUGCUGGAAGCCAUGGCAUGGAUAUUAAAGGACCAACAAGAGAUUCCAAAUACAAUAAGGACAACAAAAGAGAGGAGGUUCUUUUUCAACCUGCCAGUGAAUUUCUUCCCAUGAUGGAUGAGGUGUACCAUCUAUUGGUUGAGAAAGUACAAUCAAUUCCUGGAGCCACGGUGGAGAACAACAAGUUCUGCGUCUCUGUUCAUUUUCGCUGCGUUGAUGAAAAGAAAUGGAGUGAACUGGCACAGCAAGUGAGAUCAGUGUUAAAAGAGUACCCGAAGCUUCGUCUUAGCCAAGGAAGGAAGGUACUAGAGAUUCGUCCCUCUAUUAAAUGGGACAAAGGGAAGGCAGUGGAAUUUUUGUUAGAGUCACUUGGAUUUGCCAACUGUAACAAUGUCUUUCCUGUUUACAUUGGUGAUGAUAAAACCGAUGAAGAUGCAUUCAAGAAAUUAAGAGACAGAGGACAAGGUUUUGGGAUUCUUGUCUCAAAAUUUCCAAAGGACACUACUGCAUCAUACUCUUUACAAGAACCCAACGAGGUGAUGGAAUUCCUUCAACGUUUGGUGGAGUGGAAACAAGUAUCCCUCCGAGCACGUUCCCGGGUGUAAAUGGAUAGAAUGACGUUGUACAUCCCUACCCUGCCAUAAAAAUUGAGUUCAGCUAGGGUAGGAUUAUAGGACCCUUUUUUUCCCUGUUUUGUUCAGAUUAGAACAAAGAACAAAAAUGUAAGGAAAAAAGAAAGACAAAACUGUCUUUCUGAGUUUGAAGCACGUCUACAUUGAUGUAAUUAGCCACGUAGUACGUAGUACAGGGGAAAGUCUCUAGGAUCAAAUGUAAUUCUGAAUGGAUUAAACAUGUACUCUUCCCAUUAUGAUUAUAUAAUAUUUCUUAAGUUACG